AAGCUUAACUCAGCGGUGUGUAUAUAUAUAUGGCCACUCACCAAGCAUUACAUCCGUCAAUUGCCUCAGCGAGCACAGGAAGGUUAGAUAUUAUCUUCUUUGGGAGCGAAGAUCUUAUCAUUUCUUCAGAGCCUCCCUACGUGCUACAGUACAGUAUGUUGUGUGACAGCAUCAAGACACUACUUCUGGUGGUGGUAGUGUGUAGUCCUGUCCUGGCCACUACCUGUCAGCUGAAGAAACCAACUUUUGGGUGUUCAAAUCUACCAAAACUCACAGUCGACUUUGAACAGGUCACCAUAGAGAGCUGUGGCAACAAUCACACUAAGACACUGUUUUCAAAGCUACUGGCAGUUUCUUUCGAUGGUCUUGCUGAAAGGAAGACCUAUGCCCUCGUGAUGGUGGAUCCUGACGCCCCGGGGAGUGGUGAGGGUGAGGCUUAUCUCCACUGGCUACACACUGGCGUCAAGGGAAGCGGCUUGGCUCAAGGAAACAUCACUUCUGGAAACACUAUUAUGAGCUAUGCUCGACCUACACCACCAUCUGGUACAGGGGUUCACCGAUACAUAUUUUAUCUCUAUGAAGAGUCGAACAAGGAUAUUACAUUUCAGACCAUCUCCAAACGAGGCAAGUUCAACCUACACAAAUAUGCCCAGAAGAAUGAACUCUGUGGACCAAUUGCUGAAAACAUGUUCACUACCCAGUACAAUGAGUAAAGUUCCAUUUUUCUGGCAGCUGUCAGGAACUGAGUAGUAUCAAUCCCAAAACAAGUGAAGAAUGUUUCAAAUAUUUCCUACAGGACUACAUUAUAUCUGAGAUUAUUUCAUCACUGGUAAAUUUCUCAUAUAUAGAAUUCAUCUUCUUCUCUUGUUGUUACCCACAACUGUUCCUUACAUCUCUUGUACCAGUGUGGUAAUUUGGAAGAGUAAGGAAAAUACUUUAAGGUAUGCACCAUUUAUUUGUCUUACUAUUCCCUUGAGUACAAUGACACAACCCCUCGAUUCAGAUGAUUAGACCACAAAAGUACAAUGACUUAACCUUUUGUGUAUAAUUUGGAAUCCCGUUAAAAAGUUACUGACACCAACCACAGCAAUUUGAUAAUGAGUUACUCUACAGCUAAAAAAAAUUAAUUUAAUAAGUGUUGGCAUCCUUGAGUUACAGAGGGGUUGCAUUCCUGAAAAGUUGCCCUUAACUUAACAUUCCCUAACUUGAAAUUCUGUAAUUCGAAAUCCAGUAACUCGAGUCAAAUGAUAAAAUUGCUACCAAGACCUGAUGUUACCAAGACCUGAUGUUACCAUGACCUGAUGUUACCAUGACCUGAUGACCUCUUAACCUGUAUCUGUGUGUAUUUUUGGAUCAUUCAAUAACCUUCAGAUGAAUUAUAUGACACUGAGGGAUGUUUGUCUAUUGUAAAAGGAAUGUGAUUUUUGCUUAACUAUUUGGAACAGAUAUUGUAUUACUAGGAAAGGUUUUCUUCUUAGGAUUUAUAAUUUAUGUUUCACUGGUGGAAGAUUGUUUGUUUGUUUGAAGUAAAUGGAUUCGAAUUAGGUGUUGGGUAAUAAAGGAUUCACAAAGA